GCUCGGCAUGUUGUGUAAGACAGUUUUGCCUCGCCCAAAAUGUCUUGGUUUACAGUCAUUCUACUAUCAGCUUUUGCAGUGCUAGCUAGUGCUGCCCCUAUACUUCUCCCAUCCACCUGGACGGAUUAUGAUGUUAUUAUAGUUGGCGGUGGUCCUGCAGGGCUGGCCGCACUUAGUGCCGCUGCUCGAGUUCGCCGCAAUGCAUUGCUCAUCGAUUCCGGGGAAUACCGCAACGCUCCUACACGGCUUAUGCACGAUGUUAUUGGCUUUGAUGGUGUUCCGCCGGCGUACUUUCGUUAUGUCGCGCAACAACAAGUUGCCCACUACAAGACCAUCAAGACCACUAACGGCACUGUAACCGAUAUUCAGCCCGAAGCUGGAAAUGCAUACUUUACCGUAUCCAUGACCGCAUUUGAUGGCACAUCCUCGUCACUUACUGCUCGCAAGAUAGUCCUUGCCACGGGUUUGCGCGAUCUUAUCGCCCCGACCCCUGGUCUGCAGGAGAAUUUUGGCAAGGGCAUCUAUUGGUGUCCUUGGUGCGAUGGCAACGAGCACGCAGACCAGCCUAUGGGUAUCCUUGGAUCCUUUUCCAAGGCCGCUAGGGCAGCGGCGGAAGUAUUGACGCUGAAUACAAACAUCAUAAUCUUUGCCAAUGGCACAGAUACUCUCGAGAAUCGCGCACAUGCUGAUAUCAUAUUUGCUGAGAAUUCGUCGCAAUACUUGGAGAAGCGCAACAUUAAAGUAGACAAUCGCACCAUAUCCCGGAUUACUCGGCUACGCGACGGGAGUGCAGACCACUCCGGUUCACAUUUGCCUAGCAUGCCUGAGUAUGACCUGUUCCGCAUCGAGUUUGAGGAGGGCCCAAGCAUAGAGCGCAAUACAUUCUUCUACACCUUCGACGAAGAGCAACGGUCCUCUCUUGGCGAAAGAGUGGGCGUCAAAUUAGUAGAUGGUAUGAUGGCAGUAGACGACAACAUGCUUACCAAUGUACCUGGGAUUUACGCGGUCGGAGACGCAAAUUCAGAUACGCGUACUAACGUCGGGCACGCACUGUACACCGGUAAGAGUGCUGUCGUGCAUCUUCAUAUGGAACUUGAGAGAGAAAACAGCAGAGGCCUCAAGGCUGGAAGUCUGUCAGCUACUAAAGGGGGUCAGAAAUUGGACAAAGCACGCGAGAGAAUCUGGGAUCAUCUGCAGAGCUCUUCAUCCCAUCCGAUAUAUGUUGACCAGUACCCGCUCGAGCUCUGACGGGCUAGAUCGCUACUUGAAAAUCAUGGGCUUUGUCUAAGGGGUUGUGAUCAAGUUCGUGUUAGUUGGCGACAUCGACAUCGUACUCACCCAAUUUUAGAAGUAUACUUAUGCUCUCCUCCCACUGUCAGUUUUUCAUAAUGACAUAUCAAUAUCCUCACAUACUUUCUUUCCUCUUCCUACUAAGGUAGUCACGUAGUACUUAUAGCUAGAUUGUCAAUCGC